AUAAGAUUUCCAAAACAUCCACACCAUGCCUUCUUCGAAUCUCACAGACAGGACCUUCGCAAAUGUCUGUCGCGGUCUCGGACAGCAGGUGGACGAUGAAGAUUUUUGUGACGUCACUGUGACGGUUGGGGAGAAAACAUUCCCGUGCCAUCGAGUGGUGCUGGCCUCUGUGUCCGAGUUCUUCAAGAUGUCACUGAAACCGUGUUGGCGAGAAGCUUCCAACGGACGGGUUGACAUCACCCACGAAGACGUCUCUCCGGAGGCCUUUGGAUAUUUGAUGGAGAUCCUCUAUAAGGGCAGAGACAUGGUUGACAAUAACACUGCAAAGGACAUUCUCAAAAUGUCUGUCUACCUGCAGAUUAAAUAUUUAGAAGAGUACUGUGUCGAGUUUCUACAAGAAACCCUCCAGCCUACGAUUUGUUUAGGAACUUGGCAAUUUGCUCAAAAAUACGAUCUGGACAAGCUGGCUGAAACGUCCUUUAAGAUGGCUGUGGAGGAAAUCGCCAUCGUGUCGACACAGGACGACUAUCUGACCCUGCCCAAGUCUAUGCUUCUUAUUCUUCUGUCCCUACAACAGAAACUCGUCAUGGACGAUGUCUGUAAGACCAUCCUGCGCUGGGUUGAAGCGGAUCCCGAUACAAGACAGAUUCAUCUGGUGGAACUACUUCCUUUUAUUUGCUUUACCGAGCUCAGCUCAAAUUAUUUAUGCGAGAUGGUCACCUACCUGAACCAUCCUUUCAGAGAUGUCAUAUAUGAAAACAUUAACGAAGCUCUGACUUACUAUAUUAAAGGUCAACAAAAUAACGAUGCAGUAGUCAGAAGAAGGAUUCUCGCACGGCAGCCUCGGCCUCUAAACACACCGGAAAUCCAGAACCGUGCUGUUAUGUUUGGAGGUUACACUGAGAGUGACAAAACAUUGAAGGACACAUAUGUUUUUAACUUGAAAAACAGUUUUAUGGAGCGUUACAGUCUCGCACCCAUGCCUGAAGAUAUUGGACUGGACUUUGCCAGUUGCACUUGGUAUAAUGAGAUUUAUGUCAGUGGCGGCUCCCUGCUACCCCCCUUCUUUGCUGUCUAUAAACCAGGUGACAAUGAGUGGGAGGUGCUGCCCUCUCUACCAGAUGGA